AGUUUCUGACUGGGGAGGAGGAGAUUUGUCUUCAUCCAGCAUUGGAUCUCUGCACACAACAGACCUCUACAUACCACCGCCCUCUAAAACCUACAAAUACAAUACUUCAAACGAAUGCCUCGACUUUUAAUGAGUGCAAUUUGACCAAAAAGGAAGAAGAGAUGUGAUAAAGUAAACUACAAUUGCUGUUGCAUCCAUGAAGAAAAUCCCAGCUGGCUGUAAACGGGCAAAUCUGAGAGUCCUGAGAAAGAGUAGGCUACUCCCUUCUGUUGUACAGAUGUGUCUAGGGUAACCAUUAAGAGCACAUCUGUUCAGCUCUACAGCGCUGUCGAAUCAAACUCUCUACUGAAGUGCAGCGGCUCAAUGGCUGGCAAAGAAAUGAAGAACAGAGGUGGUAAAUGUCUGAAGGAAGUUCAUACAGUUACUGAAGCUCUGAAGACCCUCUACCGGCAAAAACUGCUCCCGCUGGAGAAGUAUUAUGACUUCUCCGAUUUCCACUCAUCAGGCCUUGAAGAUGCAGAUUUUGACAACAAGCCCAUGAUACUAGUGGUGGGUCAGUGCUCUACAGGCAAGACCACUUUUAUCAGAUAUCUUCUUGAACAAGAGUAUCCAGGAAGCCGUAUAGGCCCAGAGCCCACAACUGACAGUUUUACUGCCAUAAUGCAUGGAGAGAUUGAGGGAAUUAUUCAUGGCAAUGCUUUAACUGUUGAUCCCAACAAGCCUUUCCGCAAACUCAGCCCUUUUGGAACAACCUUCCUCAAUCGAUUCCAGUGUGUGCAUCUGCCCAACCAAGUCCUGGAGAGUAUCAGCAUCAUUGACACACCAGGGAUCCUGUCUGUGGCCAAACGCAAAAUGAGCAGAGGGUAUGACUUUCCAUUGGUCAUCCGUUGGUUUGCAGAGCAUGUUGACCGCAUCAUCCUCUUGUGUGAUGCACACAAACUAGAGAUCUCUGAUGAGUUUUCACACACCAUAAUGGCAUUGCGAGGCAAUGAGGACAAGCUCAGAGUGGUGCUCAACAAGGCUGACAUGGUGGACUCCCAGGAGCUGAUGCGAGUCUAUGGCGCACUCAUGUGGUCACUCGGCAAGGUGUUCUGCACACCAGAGGUUCUGAGGGUCUACAUUGGCUCCUUUUGGUCCUCUCCAAUGCGUAUGACAGACAAUCGAAAACUGUUUGAGCAAGAAGAGGAAGACCUUUUUGCAGACAUUCAGAACCUGCCACGAAAUUCUGCACUGAGAAAACUCAAUGAUCUGGUGAAGCGAGCACGACUUGUGAGGGCCCAUACUUAUAUCAUUAGCUCUCUAAAAGAAGAAAUGCCUUUAGUUUUCUGCAGAGAAAAGAAGAAGAGAGAUCUAAUCUAUGACCUUCCUAUCAUCUAUUCAAGAAUCCAACAGAGAUCUCAGAUUUCACCUGGCGAUUUUCCAGAUUGUGCCAAGAUGCAGGAGCGACUCAUGAGUCAUGACUUCAAGUUUAAAGCCCUCAAGCCUAAACUCUUAGCAGGGCUGGAUGAGCUCCUAAACGCAGACAUAGCCAAGCUAAUGCCACUUCUGCGCCAAGAAGAAGAAGAAACAGCUGACCGACUUUUAGUGCAAGGAGGACUUUUUCUAGGGUCACAAAGGGGACCUUUUAUUGUGGGCAACCCAUUUAAUCACUAUGGAUCCAAUGGAGAAAGUGAUCAUGUCUCAGAUGAAGAAUGGGUGGUAUCAAAAGAUAAACCAAAGUAUGAUGAGAUCUUUUACAACCUCUCGCCUCAUGAGGGAAAGCUGAGUGGGUCUAAAGUGAAGGGCUGGAUGAUGAGCACUCAUCUGCCUAGCUCAGUUCUAGGACGAAUCUGGAAGCUCGCAGAUGUGGACCAUGAUGGCAUGUUAGACGAUGAAGAGUUUGCUUUGGCUGGCCAUCUCAUUGAGGUAAAGUUGGAGGGCUUUGGGCUCCCUCAUGAGCUACCUGCGCAACUGGUGCCACCAUCCAAAAGAUUGCGCAAGAACUCCGGCACAGAGAUUAGAGACAAUAAUGAUUAGCCUGCAUAUCUUAAUGUUUAUGAUGACAGUGUUUAUUCAACAUUUAAGUCAUUAAUAAUAUUAAACGAAUGUAUUCACUCAUAUAAUACCUAAAAUCACUUAUUGCUUGCAAAGUUUGGAUGUAUAAAUCCUCCAUAGACAGAAAAAAUCUCAAAAGACAAGUUGUUUUGAUGGUUCAGAUUGCCCAAGGGUUGAGAACAGCUUGUUCUGUGAAACCUGUUUGGCUGCAGAAACGCCCUCGGGACUGUUGCUAUGAGGCACACGAAUGUCAACACUUAAAAGUGCCUUAUGGCAUUUCAAAUACUAUUUGUCAAGUGAAAUUUUGUUUGUUCAAAAAAUUGUUGAUCAAUAAGUAAUUAAACUUAUAUGGUAGAGCUCUUUGUGUGUUCAUGACCUGUAGCAAAA